GCAGUUGACUUUCCAGUACUCUAUUAUCGUCACAACAACUGACGAAACAUACGGCAAUUAUGGAUAGAGCAACAAUUAGCAAAUUAUAUAGGAAUGAAUUGGCUACUGAUUCUUCAUUAUCAGAAGCACUUGCCUCUAUAAGUGUUCUCAUUAAGAUUAUCAAUCAGAGCAAGGCCGGUACAUUGGUAGAACUUCGAAAUGAUCUGACCGAAGCUAUAGAUGAGAUCAAAAACACAGAUACAAUGGUUACGUCGAUAAGUUCAGCAAGUGAACUUUUUUUAAGAUUUAUUACACUAACAACUUUUGAAAAUCCUUUCGAAGAGUGUAAAAAGACGUUAAUCGAACGAGGAAAAAUGUUUUUGGAAGAAGCAAAAAAGUCCAGAGAAAAAAUAGCAAUAUUAGGAGAACCAUUUAUUACGGAUGGAAUUAAAAUUCUCAUUCAUGGGAAAUCAAGAGUUGUCUUAGAAGUGUUAAAGAGAGCUGCAACUGAAUCAAGAAAGCAUUUUACUGUAUAUGUUACUCAGUCUCUCCCGGAUAAAGCUGGACAUGAUAUGAGAGAUGAAUUACAGAAAGUAAAUAUUCAGUCCGUUGUUGUUCUAGACGCUGCUGUUGCCUGCAUUAUGGAAAAAGUCGAUUUAGUUUUAGUGGGGGCUGAAGGGGUGGUAGAAAGUGGCGGAAUUUUAAAUAAAAUUGGAACAUAUAGUAUGGGAAUUGCAGCUAAAGAAAUGAAUAAACCACUUUAUGUCGUUGCCGAGAGCUUCAAGUUCGCUCGUAUUUUUCCUCUCAAUCAAGAUGAUAUACCACAUCAGUUUCGAUUUCGUAACAGUAAAGACGUUGAUGACUGUUAUUAUAACCCAAUCGUGGAUUAUACUCCACCGAACUUAAUUACACUAUUAUUUACAGAUUUAGGAGUGUUGACACCCUCUGCUGUAUCUGAUGAAUUAAUUAAAUUAUACCUUUAA